AUGCCGAACGAAUACAAGCGAAAGACGAAUCGGGGUAUGGCAAGCAAAGAAAUUUACGAACUGGCUUCCGAAGAAGUGAUGCUACGCAAUAAAUCUCUUCGUGAUGCUGCCACAAGUUAUGAUAUAAACCAUACGUCGCUUUACAGAUACAUUAAGAAAAAACAAGCGUAUCAGAGCAAUAAGGCCAUCCAACCACCCUCAAUUGGAUAUCAUCGCCCCACAGUGUUUACCAAAGAGGAAGAAAAAUCCUUGUGAAUUGUCAAAACUGCCUUUGAUAUAGCAGUCACCAUAAAAAAUGUAACUGCAGGAUUCCGGACGACCGGGAUAUGGCCAUUGAACACUGAAAUAUUUCGUGAAGAGGAGUUUUUGCCCAGUCAGGUGACCGAUCGAGCACUGCCACCAACAGUACUUGUACACGAAGAUUCCGUUGUUCAAACUGAUGAUCCUGAAGUUCCAAGAACCAGCAGAGAAGCCGAACGAACUCCAAGUCCACCGAUCAAUGAUUCACUCUAUUAUAAUCCCACUGUUUCUAAUACUAAUGCAAACGCAGAAGUAUCAUGCACUCCCACAAUUUUGUCUUCAAAUCAAGACGAUGCUCCUACCCCUGAUUCACUUUAUCCUGUGCCAUCAACUUCGAAGGUAUCUAUUACGUCGGCAGCCAUUAGUGAGGUUUCUUCAACUUCAAAUACAUCUACUGUAACUACUGCAGUCAGUGUAUUUUCUCCGGAAGCAAUAAGACCUCUACCGAAGGCAGAGGCUAGGAAGAAUACGCAAAAAAGGAGAAAGAUAAAGUCAGCUAUAUUAACUGACACUCCUGUAAAAAAUGAGCUAGAAGCCAUUGAAGCUAGGAGAAACACCAAAAAAGUAAAAAGACCUGCGUUAAACCUAGAAAAUAAAACGAAGAAAUCCUUUAGCAAAACAAGGAGGAAUUGUAAGAAUAAAGAAAAAAUAAGUGAGAAAGAAAGUAGUGACAGUGACGAUGAUGACUGCUUCUGCGUAGUUUGUAUGGAGCCGUUUUCCCAAAGUGUCCCAAAGGAAGAAUGGAUUCAGUGUAUAGAAUGCAAGUCAUGGGCUCAUUUGGCCUGUACAAAAGGCGACUUGUUCUACGUGUGCCAUAAUUGCCUCUCUGAAUAG